CACACCCACGCACCCACACAAGAUGGUCGCAAAAACCCCACAAAAGCUCAAGAAGAAAAUGGUGGCUCCACUUGAUCCCAUUCAACUCAGAGAAACUGUGAAUAAGGUGGAGAAAUGUAUGGCUCGAUUGCAAGAGCUUCAGUACAUUACAGGUGGGACGAAAGGUGUGAGUCUUAGCCCUGCAAGUACCAGAGGAUACUUAAAAACUAGCCUCAGGUGCAAACAAGAAUCACUCAGAACCAGAAACGGGAAUGGUCAAAAAUCCCCACCUGGCAAAUUACCCACACAAAUAGGGGAGUGGAAGAGGAUGUCAUUACCAGCAAUGCUUUUAGGAGAAACAGUUGGGGAAAUACUCCAAGCAAGUCGAUUUGCCAGAGAAAUCGUUGCUGCUGUUGAAACCAAAACCCAAAACACCACUGAUCCAAAAACUCCGGUGACUAAUUCACGCCGGAAUUCCAGGUUGAACCCGGAAACAACUGAGCUCCGGGCACGGAGAAAGAGAGAGAAGCAGAUAAUCCGUUCAGAUCCACAUUCCCCUCUUCUUCAAAGAGCCAAAUCACGUAUUAAUUUCAAAGUCUCUGGUUCACCACCAAAAAAGGAAAUCGAGAAAGAAAACUGUCGGUUUAUGGCGAAUAGAGUUUCACCGAAGAACAAACCCUGGGCUAAAAAGACUGUAAUCUUCCCAAACCCACUCUUCCAUUCAUCGAACAACUCACAAAACCAAAGGUUUUACAGAACAAAGUCGCCGGUGAUCCCCAGAAUCCGGCAAACCACCCCUCAUAAGUUCUUGAUUAAGACGCCGCCCAGCAAGGCAGCAACGUCUCCCUCCUCCGUGGUUAAGUUUCAAGUGAAGAUUAGAAGUCCAACAAUUUGUGUGUCUCCGACCAGACCCACCACCGCCAGUGCUAAGAAGAAGUCGAUAUCGCCGCCUAAGAAAGUCUCGACGGCGGCGAAGCUGAGGAGGUCGUUUUCGCCAUCGAGAUUGGCAAGUAGAUUGGUUUCGCCAUUGAAGAGUAGGAAAUCAUGUGUUGAAAGGAGUAUGGAUGGGAUGAUGAUGAACAUGAUGAGUGGAUUGAAACAGCGGCCAGCUUCCACAACUCCAAUGCAUUUGUCAAGUCGGAGAAUUUAAGAAUUCAUUCUUUUAGAUGAUAUUUUCUUAAUGUCAAAUAUGAUUUGUGUGCCUCCUUACAUUU